CCGCGACCUGGAGACCCCUCCUAUGAGAAUUUCCAAGCGGAGACACAGAAUCUGCUGAGCACUCAGCUGGAGAAGGCCCAACUGACAGGAGAAAUACUAAACCGGGCCCCCCAGGAAUCCACUGUAACCCCAUCCAGGGGGCCCUGUAUGCCUUUCCCCGUAUUGAGAUCCCGGAGAGAGCCAUCAGCCUGGCAAAGGAACGGGGACAGGCACCGGACGAAUUCUUCUGUCAUCUUCUCCUGGAGGAGACCGGCAUUGUCUUGGUGGACGGGACCGGUUUUGGCCAAGCAAAGGGGACAUACCACUUUAGGAUAUCUCUGCUCCACCCUAUGGAGGAACUGAAAUCCAUCCUGGAAAAGAUUGUAGAAUUCCAUGGACGAUUUCUCCGGGAAUAUUCCUGA